AUGUCUGCGCAGAACUGGCAAAAGAUUAUGGCCACUUCCUUUAAGAAGCUGCAUAAGCCUGGCGAGCCCGUCGUCGUUAUCAACGUCUGGGAUGCGGCAUCUGCCCGAGCCGCAGCCAGCGUGCCUGGCGUCAAACCUCUGGCGACGGCAUCGUACGCUGUCGCAGCUACUUACGGUGUCAAUGAUGACGACUUGACCUACGAGCAGAACAUGGCUGCCGUUGCCAAAAUUGCUCCGGUUGCACAGCGACACAAUCUACCUCUGACGGUUGAUUUUCAGGAUGGGUACCUUGAUGAUAUUACCGAAUCAGUCACUGAACUAAUCAAGCUCGGGGCUGUUGGCGCCAACAUCGAGGACUUGAACGACCGCACCGGCAAGCUCAGGUCAAAGGAAGAGUCCGUGGAGAGAAUCAAGGCUGCGGCUGUGGCAGCAAAGAAUGCCGGGGUUCCAGACUUUGUUAUCAAUGCUCGGACUGACGCAAUUGGUGCGGGUGAGUCUAUCGACGAGGCCAUUGGUCGAGCAAGAGCAUUCUUGGACGCCGGCGCUACGACCGCGUUUGUCUGGGGAGGAGGAAGUCGAGGGUUGAGAGACGCCGAGAUCGUUAAGAUAGCCGAAGCGCUCGACGGACGCCUGAGUGUGGUACUACCGGCGGCUGACGGAUUUCUUACUGUCAGUGAGGUGGCGAAACUCGGUGUUGCCAGAGUUAGCCUUGGGCCACGCCUACAAUCUGUUGCCACCAAGGCAAUGAUGAAGAGUAUUGCAGAGCUGUUGUCUGCAUAA